CCUCCCUUCAUUGCUGACUAGAUGGCAGGAGUGUAUAAAUGUAAACAACUAUAGACAACACGACUUGUUGCUGUGACUUGUGGCCGGGUCUGGUCACCAUGAUAUCCUGACAUUAGGAUCACUAAAUGGUAGUGUUGACACAACACAAAUCUAAGCAGCAGGGUACAGCACUGGUCGAAGGCUGACCUCUACAGAUAAACAGCACUGACACAGUGUAACAUCAUGGAUGACGUAGAUUGUGGUGAUUGUGGAGACUGCGGAGACUGUACCUGUGGUGAUUGUAACUGCGACUGCAACUGCCUUGACGGUGACUGCGGAUGCAACGACUGCAAAUGUGACUGCAACGAGUGUCACCCAUGCGACCAGUUUGCAUGUGGUCUCUGUUGCGGCGGCUGUGUGAACGACACCACCGACAACGUGGUGCAAGUUUCGUAUGUGGACACCUACACUACUACGUCAACUACUUCCUCGUCUCACUCUCGGGGACAUCGCAAGAACAAACAGAAGGAACAAAGAAACAAGUACAUGGUUCCUAAUGGGGAACUGAACAACGGACCAAGCAACGAACCAAACAACGGACUGAGCAACGGACCAAGCAACGGAUUGAGCAACGGAUUGAGCAACGGCCAAACUGACAGCCAGGUCGUGAUGACCCAACCAGGAACAGAUGCGAACGUAGUAGUGUCACAACCACAAGGAGAUCCACCUUCGUAUGACAGUUGUGUGGGCAAGACAACACCCUAAUCCUGCUAUCUCACUGACUAAUUAUCACCUGUGAUAACAAAGCUUUGAAAAAGCAAUUAACAGACGAACAAUCAGUGCUGAGUGAUGAUAUGUUUGUUUCUAAGAGAGAACAACUUCAUCAGGAGUAAUGAUGCCUCAGGACUUACGCCUCACAACAAGAAGUCUCUGACUGUUUCAUUUAGGACGCCCUCAGAAAUCUGUGAUAAAUGUUACAAAAUUUGAAAUAUCAUGUGUCAAUACAAUGGCACAAUGUUUCCUGACUCUUCAGCUACACAAAAUGAGAAAAACUACAUGAAUAUCAUAAUUACAUCUUUCUGCAGACCAUGGACCAACUUUCAAUGACUGUUUGUAUGGUUUUCUAUCGACCAUAGUUGUUGGAAGUAGUUUCUAUUACAUAAGGUUAAGAAAUAUGAUCGUGAUGAAUGUCAACAAU